AUGGCAACGAAUUCCUCCAAGACUCCGUGCCUCUGCUCGCCGACGAACCACCCGGGCUCGUUCCGUUGCAGCCGCCACAAGAACCAGUAUUCGCCGCCCACUUCGACGGCGGCGGGAAGUCCCUCUGUUUCUUCUUCACUGAACUCCGUCAAGACCCAGAGCACUACUCCAUGCCUCUGCUCACCGUCGAACCACCCAGGCUCGUUCCGUUGCAGCCGCCACAAGAACCAGUCGGCGAAUCGAAGUUCUCCGUCUUCUUCAUUGAACUCCGUCAAGACUCAGAAUAGCACUACUAUUACGUGCCACUGCUCGCCGUCGAACCAUCCAUUGGCGUACCGCUGCAGCCUCCACAAGAAGCAGUAUCCGGCGCGCACGUCGGUGGCGGCUGGAAGUUGCUCUGUUUCUUCUCCAGUGAAUUCCGCCGUCAAGACUCAGAGUACCACGGCGUGCGCCUGCUCGCCGACGAACAAUCCGUGGUCGUACCGUUGCAGCCUCCACAAGAACCAGGGGAACGGCAGGGAAUUGGCGGCGCCGGCGCUGAAGGCGAAGGCGUUCACGUUGAGUGCGUAUCUGGAGCAGAUUAUUAAGCCGCCGAGUCGAGACGAAACGCGGCGGGUGAAUUUCCGGCCCACGCCGUCGAGGUUUUUCAAGAUGCACGCCGGCAGUGGCAGCAUAGCGGUUUCUUAA